AUGAUUAAAGAUAACAACGAAAUUAUUCCACUAAUGGGCAAGAAAACAAAUCCGUCUGGUACUCCCCCUUCAAACCAGCAAGAGAAAAAGCCAUCUGAAAGCACUCCCACAAAGAAAAGCUCACACUUUUUUCUGGAGAUCGAUGGUUUUGAAAGCAAUGCAACUCCAAAUAAUACAUCUCCUCCUGUGUUUUCAAAACCAAUGGAUUCAAAUAUUCGUCCAUGUGCAUCUGGAAAUGGGGAAGAUAUGGAUUCCCCCCAGUCUCUUCAGGAUGAUGCGACUGAAUAUAGCCCUAAUGUAGACAGCUGUUGUGCUAACAUAUCACAAGGGCCUGAGCAGACCAGUGCUCGGAAGAAGUUGAAAAAAUACAUCUUUCAGGCGGUAUCUGAGGGUAAUAUAGAAGAAUUGCAACGUCUGCUCAGCGAGCUGAAGGAAAGAUCAAACGUGUGUACAAGAAUGACUGUGCCAGAUUAUCUGAUGAAAAAAUUCACAGCUGCAGAUACUGGCAAAACCUGUCUGAUGAAAGCUCUGCUGAACAUCAACCCAAACACAAAUGAGAUAGUGAAUAUGCUACUAUCCUUUGCAGAAGAAAAUGGUAUUUUGGAGAGAUUUAUCAACGCAGCAUACACAGAAGAGGCAUAUAAAGGCCAAACAGCUUUAAAUAUUGCCAUUGAAAGAAGACAAUAUGAAAUAACGCAGAGCCUUAUAGAAAAAGGAGCCGAUGUCAAUGCUCACGCCCAGGGUAUUUUCUUUAAUCCCAAACAUAAGCAUGAAGGCUUUUAUUUUGGUGAAACUGCACUGGCGCUAGCUGCAUGUACCAAUCAACCAGACAUAAUUCAACUGUUAAUGGACAAUAUCAGGACUGAUAUUGCUUCUCAGGAUUCCAGAGGAAACAAUAUCCUCCAUGCAUUAGUUACUGUGGCAGAGGACUUAAAAACCCAGAAUGACUUUGUAAUCAGAAUGUAUGAUAUGAUUUUGUUGAAAAGUAAAGACAGAAACUUGGAAACAACAAAGAAUAGGGAUGGUUUAACACCGCUACAAUUAGCUGCAAAAACUGGGAAAUUAGAGAUUCUGAAAUACAUCCUGAGCAGAGAGAUAAGAGAUAAGCCUAACAGAAGCCUGUCAAGAAAAUUCACGGAUUGGGCUUAUGGUCCUGUUCAAUCUUCACUUUAUGAUCUGACAGAGCUAGAUACCACCGCACGCAAUUCAGUACUGGAAAUUAUUGUCUAUAACACCAAUAUUGGUAAUCGUCAUGAGAUGCUGACUUUGGAGCCUCUGAAUUCACUCCUGCGAAUGAAAUGGAAGAAGUUUGCACGACACAUGUUUUUUAUGUCAUGCUGUUUUUAUUUCCUAUACAAUAUAACAUUAACGUUAGUUUCCUACCAUAGGCCUAAUGAAAAUGAAGCUCCACCUUACCCAUUAGCUCUGACACGUGGUGUGGGAUGGCUGCAGUUAUCAGGACAGGUGAUGGUUAUGUUAGGAGCAAUAUUUGUAGCCAUAAAAGAGAGUGUAGCCAUCUUUCUGCUUAGGCCCUCAUUAGACCUGCAUUCAAUUCUCUCCGAUGCGUGGUUCCACUUUGCAUUUUUUAUACAAGCUUCGCUUGUCAUCUUCUCUGUCUUUUUGUACUUGUUUUCCUACAAAGAACACCUUGUGUGUCUUGUUUUGGCAAUGGCCCUAGGAUGGGCUAAUAUGCUCUAUUUCACCAGAGGUUUCCAGUCCAUGGGCAUUUACAGUGUUAUGAUUCAAAAGGUCAUCCUGCAAGAUGUGAUAAAAUUUUUAGUUGUCUAUAUCGUGUUUUUGCUGGGAUUUGGCGUAGCUCUCGCUGCACUGAUUGACACUUGCCAAGGUGGCAGUGAAUGCCAUUCCCACAGCAAUCUGGGGCCUGUUCUGAUGGAUCUUUUUAAGCUCACCCUAGGACUGGGUGACCUGGAGAUCCAGCAAAAUUCAAAGUAUCCUGUGCUAUUUCUUCUGCUCCUCAUAACUUACGUUGUGUUGACUUUUGUUCUUCUCUUGAACAUGCUGAUUGCGUUAAUGGGAGAAACAGUGGAAGAUAUUUCUAAAGAGAGUGAGCACAUCUGGAAACUCCAGAGAGCCAGAACUAUUUUGGAAUUUGAAAAGUUCUUACCAAAACAUUUGAGGAAAAAAUUCCGACUGGGAGAACGGUGUAAAGUGGCUGAAAAUGACAUGAGGGUGUGUUUAAGGAUUAAUGAAGUGAAAUGGACUGAGUGGAAAACACACGUUUCAUUUAUUAAUGAAGAUCCAGGGCCAACAGAUCCAAGCAAAGUUCAAGAUAAUUCAAGAACUAAUAGCAAAAACACCCUGAAUACAGUUGAAGAAAUGGAUGAUUUGCCUGAAACUUCUGUUUAG